AUGCCUUACACGCCACCUACCCAUCAUACGCCCUCGAGCUCCAAACAAUCCAGUCCCACCCCAAGCCGUUCCCACUCGUAUAUCAAAGGACCUUCACUUUCUCCGGACGCUGCCGAUCGACCGAAUCUCCCUCGUUCUAGUGGCUCCUCUUCCUACCUCACCAAGCACCGACGGAGUCCCUCGUUGACUGAUGCAGCAAAGAUUGAGGUCCUUCACAAUGGAGAGGCGUACGAGGUGAACGGGGACUUCGACCCACAUGGUAGCAUUCGACAGUCACCUCCCCCUUUGACGAAUGCUUUGAUACCUGCAGGAAUGACAAUAUCACCCCCAGAUUCCUCUCAAAACUCGAGCGAUGAGGAUGAACCUCAGCAGCGAGGGCGUUCGAGGGAUUUUGACGAGGAUCUCCAAGCGCUGCAAGAGGCCAUCCGGUCGAUUGAGCAACGAAAAGAUACAGGUUCCCCAACUCGUGGGGAGCACAGCUCUUCCAUCACAAGGUCGGACGUUGUUUCCCGUCUCGACGGCACACAAUCGGCGGGCCCUGCUGUCUUGCGACUGCCCUUAUCGCAGGAAGCUCGGAAAAUCUCUCAUUCGAGGUCGUCGACCGAUUCGAACAUAAUCUUCGAGUCUCCUUCAAAGCAAACACCCUCUGUGGCCAUUCGGCCAGACACUGAUGACAGCGACAGCGACAAUGCUCCCGCCGAGCGACCGGCCAUGGUGCGCAAAAAGUCAGGUGAACUUGUUCGUCCUGCUCUGCGACCGUCUUCACGGCGGCGGCCCUCGAGCAUGCCUGGCACACCUACCUACUCCAAAGCUGUCCACUUUGACUCUCACCUUGAACACGUCAGACACUUCCUGCAGGUGGACAGACCGCUUGCUGUGAGUGCCGGCUCAUCUCCCGUAGAGAACUACGAAAGCGAGACCGAUUUUCCCUUCGGGUCGGAUGAGACCAGUACUCGUUCUCGCACGCCCUCAUAUGAAUGGGAGAUCCGCUUGAACAAUUUCCCCACCGAUUUGGAUGCUCGAAGGGCACAGCCCGUUCUCGUGGAAAGGGUUUUCCUCUCCUCUGACAACAAGAAUCUUAUCGGCACUGUCGCAGUGCAGAACCUGGCAUUCCACAAACAAGUUGUUGCUCGUUUCACGUUCGACUACUGGAAGACCACUUCGGAAAUCGUUGCUGACUACAACAAUGAUGUUCGGCGGAAGGGUAACCACGACGGCCUCGAUCGCUUUAAUUUCAGCAUCAAGCUCGAAGACCAAGCGAAUCUGGAAAGCAAGACAUUGUUCUUCUGCAUCCGCUAUAAUGUCAACGGUCAGGAAUUCUGGGACAAUAAUGGUGGUGCCAAUUACCAAGUUGAUUUCAGCAAGAAGUCCAAGUCGCCACCAAGCAAGUCCAGCCCUGGCCUUGGUGAGAGGCCCCUCAAUGCCUUGCCACGUAGUCGACCAUCACCACCUACCUCUUCUGCAAGACCGGUGUCAAUGCCUACCUCAUUCGACGAUUUCUCAACUGGUUUUGACAGUUUUGGGAGCUUCCUGCAGUCUCCAAGUCUGCUCAUGGGUGAACCCAAGCUCAAGUUGAGGAGUCCCAAAUCCAAAGCUGAGCUUCUUCCCGAUGCUCCCCAGCGCCGUAAGCAGGCUGGGCCUCAAGCAUUCGGAAACCGAUAUGACUUCAAGACAUCCUUGACGGCUGCAAAGAACAAUGCAUAUGCCGCCAUGGGCGAGUGGUCUGGCUUGGGUCCAAGGACGUACACAAAGCAGUCUUCCCACGAGGUUCCUGCAACAGCUCCUGAACAGAGUGUUGCGGACGCUGCUCCCAAGCAUGAAACUGGCAUCAACGGUGUCAAAGUCGAAGCCGGUAAACCGGCUUCCGCUGCUCUUCCUUUGACAUCCAAGCCGGCUGCUUUGCUCUCUGAGAAACCCUCUCUCAGCUCACAGAGCUACAAGGAGCUCGUGGACAAGUACUGCUUUUUUGGGACGGUCAAGGUUGAUGGUUCAGCGGACUCUGCGUCCGCGUCGGAGAGCAAUGGAGGCAGUUCGUCUGAUUCUUCUGGCUCGACUACUCCGACACCACCUCGAAGCAUGUCGCCCGUUCAACAACCUCAAUCGUCAAAAUCGUUCGCGCAAUUUGCGGCGCGUUCUUCGUCGCCCUUGUCGACAGGCGGGUUCUUCGGUUCUCGCUCUGGGUCGCCAGCCUCGUUUGGAUACCCAUACCAUUCAGCGGCCCAACAUACCUUGAUGUCCGAGUCGCCUACCCCGACGGCAAUUCAAGGAUAA